AUGAAUAUUGAAAAUAAUAAUAAUAAUAUUAUUAAUAAUAUUAAUAAUAAUUCAAAUAAUGAUUCAUUAAAUGAUUCUACUACUAAUAAUAAUAAUAAUAAUAAUAAUAAUAAUAAUAAUAAUAAUAAUAAUAAUAAUCAUAUAAGUAUUAUUAAUGGUGAUGAUAAUAAUGUAUUAUUUUUAAAAGUUUGGAGAAAUAAAUAUUUAAGAUAUAGAAUAUUUCAUCUAUUGAAAAAAAGUUCAAUUAAUAGAAUUAAAGAGUAUAAUAAUUGUGAAGAGAUAAAAAAUUUAGAAAAUUCAUAUUAUAUUAAACAUUUAAAAUUAUUAGAAAUUUCACCAAUUCCAAUUAAUGGUAUUCCAAAUUCAGUCAGAUUGUUAAAAUUGAAUUGUAAUUUUAAUUUAAAAUUAUUGGUUGGAUCAUUUUCACUAUCAAAGAGAUUAGAAAAAUUAAAAUUGGGUGAAAUUUUCAAUCAAACUAUAGAGAAAAAUCUAUUACCAAAUAGUUUAAAGAAAAUUAAACUUGGUUUAAAAUUUAAUCAAUCAUUAGAACAUUUACCAUCAUCAGUUACUUCAAUAAAGGUUAGUGGUAGUUUUCUAAAGCCUGAAACUAUACCAUCAACAGUAACAGAAUUGAAAUUAUAUUUUUUCUUUAAUAAAGAGAAUUUAACAACUAAUGAUAUACCAAAGUCAAUAAAAACAUUACACAUGGAUAUUUGUUUCAAUAAUAUAUUAGUAGUUGGAUUUAUUCCAAAUUCAGUCACAAAAUUAGUAUUGGGUCCAAAAUUUUUUGAAUGCUCAUUAAAAGCUGGUAUUAUUCCAAAUUCAGUUACAGAUUUAACAAUAUCACUUGGUUGUCUAUUAAGUCCAAUUAAGAAAGGUGUAAUUCCAAAUUCAGUUAAAAAAUUAAAAAUCAUUGAUUUAAUUGGUAGUAUUUCAUUCAACUUAAAGAAAGGGUCAAUUCCAAAUGGUGUUGAAUAUAUAGACUUUAGUGAUUUUCAAUCCAAUUAUUUAAAGUUGGAUAGAUGUUUAAUACCAUUCUCUGUGAAACAAUUAAUUAUUAAUAAUGCCGAAAUAGAUUUAUCAACAUUAAAACAUUAUAGUAGAAUCUCUUUAUUUUUUAAAAAACAUUAUCCAAUAAUUUUGCUUUUACUCUUAAUAAUACUUUUUGUUUCAUUUAUUUCAGCUCUUGUAUAUAUAAUAUCUAAACUUUUUUUCUAA